GACCAAUUGCCGUUCGAGACCAAAAGUGUGGUUCGAAUCCGAGCAAACGAGAAAUUCUCUAAGUUUUAUCAAUGUUUCGAUGAAAUUGGAGAAGGAAAAUUUGGUAAAGUAUACAGAUGCAAGGAGAUAGCGACUGGUUUAGAGUUGGCUGCGAAAAGAAUUAAAAUCAGACGUAAUGCGGACCGUGAACAAGUGGAACGAGAGGUUGCAAUCAUGACCCAGAUGAGGCAUCCACGUAUCGCACAAAUCUACGAUGCAUUCUCAACGCCUGAAAACGACAUUAUUUUAGUGAUGGAAGUUGUACGAGGCGGGGAGCUGUUCGAUCGAGUCGUGGAUGAUAAUUAUAUACUGACCGAAAUGGCUGUUAAGAUGAUCAUUUGCCAAUUAUGUGAGGCAAUCUCUUAUAUUCACAGUAAACAUAUUGUUCAUCUUGAUAUUAAGCCCGAGAACAUAAUGUGUGUCUCGCAAACCGGUAAUCGCAUAAAACUGAUCGAUUUUGGUCUGGCGCAAUACUAUGAUGGUUCGUCGAAUUUGCUGUUCAUGGCCGGUACACCAGAAUUUGUGGCACCUGAAGUGAUCAAAUUUGAACCGAUCGAUUUUCAUACGGACAUGUGGAGUGUUGGUGUGAUCACAUAUAUUUUAUUAUCCGGUAUUUCGCCAUUUUUGGGUGAGACUCUCGGUGAAACGUAUUGUGCUGUGGAGAAGGGCGACUGGGAGUUCGACGAUGUCGCUUUCCAAAGCGUCUCUGAAUCGGCCAAGGAUUUCAUCUCUAAACUGCUUGUUUACGAUCAAAAGAAACGAAUGCUACCAAAUGAGUGUCUACAACAUAAAUGGAUAAAAGACUCACGAAAACGUGCCUCUAGUGAUUUGCUAUUAAAUGAACCAAACGUCGGCGAACCACUAUCAAAAGAGUUUUUCAAAACAUAUUUAACAAAUAAGCGAUUCAGAGUAACGACCUGGGCAUUACUAUUUUUGAUUCGUUUCAAAAAGUAUGGUUCAGCGUGUUGGAGUAAUUUUAUGAAUAUUGAUACUAGUCAGCAAUCAUCGCUAUCAUCACCACCAUCAAUCGAGUCUAUGGUGACAACACCACUGAGCACAACAACAACUCUGAAACAGUGUAUCGAUCAGCAGCAGCAUCAGCCGCAUCAGCAGCAACAACAACACCCAACAGUAACUAUAACAAGGCGAUGGGUCAGUGCGCUAUUACAUUAUUAUAUCUGUUGCACACACACACACACUUCAGUUAUUUCUGCAUCUAUGCAGCAAAAUCGAUCAAAAUUGAUCAAAUCGAUCAAAAUUGAUCAAAACAAUCAGAAUUGUUUGGCGUUUUCAACGUUUCAUUAUGAGUCUUUGACUACUAGUCUCCUGGACUGCAGAUACGAAGCGAAAAGAAGCCGUCGAACACGAGUGGUGGUGAAAAAAAUGCCAUUGACGGCGGCGGCGGCGGCGGCGAUAAUGAGGUUACUCGCGUCAAGAGGCAAAUACAACGAGCGAAAUUGUGCGAUGACAGCAAUCAGAGCAGUCCUACUACUACUAGUACUACUACUACUACUAGUACUAGCAAGAAGGGCACUACUGAAUUUUGCAAAUACAAAAGUGAUCAUCAACGAAAAAUUCCGUUGUGUGUAUCGCAAAACGCCAAGAGAGCGUUGA